GUCGUCACAGUGUGUCUUCGCGUGCCACCGCCUCCGCGUCGACAACUACUGCACUUCCGCGGUAUAGAGCGCAUAUUAUAUUAUAUGAUAUUAUCGUGCAAUAAUACCGAAAAACUGUUAUAAUAUUAUACGGCACAGCGGUCCGUUUCAGCACAGGCAUCACAAUACGUACAAUAAUAAUCUACGUUCCACAUUAUAACAUCGCGGGCCGUAUACUCGAUAGCUGUCGCGAAUUUUUUUUUUUUUGUAUGCGGUUCGAAAGCGGUUUCGUCCUGCACAUGCUCGGCGAACAGGGCGCCGCCGUCGGCGGGUACGGCAGGCCCGAGGACGAGUACGCGUCCGAAAACACCAAGAGGUUCACGGUGGACUCGCUGUUGCAAGUCCGGAGGCCGGCCAUCGCGGCCGACGACAAUAAGCGGCCGGCGGCCACAUGCACGACACCCUGCUACGAAGUCGAAACGAACUCAGAGACAGACAGUCAACGGAAAAGUAAGCCGAGAAGAAAUCGUACAACAUUUUCUAGUUGUCAGCUGCGAGCAUUAGAAAAAGUGUUUGAAAGGACUCAUUAUCCAGACGCAUUUGUCAGAGAGGAACUAGCAAGAAGAGUUUGUCUGUCAGAGGCUAGAGUUCAAGUUUGGUUUCAAAACCGGAGGGCGAAAUUCCGAAGGAACGAGAGAAGUAGUCUGUCGAGGAACAACCCCACGCUAUCAACCGCACCCGAUUGCAGAUCUCCGAACGUAGAACAACCCCUUUUACCCAGGUCAAAUACGAACGUCGUUCACGCGGAACCUCCGUUUACAGCUGGCUCCGGUUUUGGCGGUCUCCUCGAGUACUCGGCGUGGAAAUCGAACGGCUUGUCACAGUGUGGAAUGUUUCAACACUCAUCAAGUUACCCGGCUUUCUUACCUGCAGCAGUCCCCACCACAGGUAGUCAUGCCCACGGCAAUCCUUCGAUGUCGAUGGGAGUUUCAAAUUGUCUAGUACCGAACCACCACCAUCACCACCAUCACCAUGCCGGUUACAUGGUUUCCACUAACCUGGCGAACAUGAGAAUUCGUCCUCAAGAAUAUUAUAUGGACACACCUCAUAUGUAGUAGACUUGCAGACCGCAUAUAUAUUAUAUAUACCAUAAAUUACAGCUCGUCGACAUGUAUUUUUAUUAUAUUUAAAAUAUACUUAAUUUUGUUCGCUUUUACUUUUA